UGACGUAAGGAGAAGGUAGUUCACAACUACAGCAGUGCAGUGUCAGCAGUAGUGAAUAGUUACUGUGUACUUCAAGUGUUUUAAUUAACCGCGUUUUAAUGUUGGAAAUUAGGAAAUAUUGAAUCGUGAUUUAGGUUCUGAAACAUAUUAAGUUCAAGUUCUAAACGUUUAUAAAUGGAGCCGAAUCCAAAUUUAUUCUACAGACUUGAUAAAAGUGACAUUCAAAUGUGGCCGAUUUUUCACUUUUUUAGCAAAAAAGAUAUUGAAAAUAUCAAAGUUGCAGUGGUGUUCGGAAAUCGAGGAGGAUCAGCAGUCUAUGUAACGCAGAAAGACGAAGUAUUUGGCAUGGGUUCCAAUGAGUAUCAUAUGUUAGGAAAUUCAGAAUGGAAAGACGAUUUAAAACCUCGAAAAGUUGAACCACUAUGCGGCAAAAAAAUAAAAUAUUUUACUGUCGGUGAUAAUCAUGUUAUGGCUCUAACUGAAGAAGGAAUCGUUUACAAUUGGGGCAAUAAUGAUUUUUCUCAGUUGGGUACCAAGAACCCUAAUGAUACCAUUGGUCCUUCGGUUGUUGGAACUUUAUUCGAUAAGAAAGUUAUCGAGAUCGCCUGUAGUUCUUCCUACAACAUUGUAUUGUGUGAUAAUUAUCAGGUUUACGAAUGGGGCAAACGAUCGACGGAAGACUAUCGCUCAAAUACAAGUGUAGAAACAUUGGUUGAAGGUAAACUGAAAGGCGAAGAAAUUGUUUCGGUUGCUUGUUCAAAAGUCGCUUCAUUUGCUUUAUCAAGUCAUGGCUGUGUGUAUUCAUGGGGUCUGGAUAGUCAUGGAAUAUUGGGACGAAACUGCAACGAAAGCACCAAUGAAGGGAAAAACAAUCCAUCCAAGAUCUCAAACUUAACAGGAGUUUUCAUCAAGAAAAUUGUAGCCGGUCAAGAACACAUUCUUGUUUUGAGUAAUGCUGGUGUGGUGUAUUCGUGGGGUAAAAAUGAUUGCGGGCAGUUGGGCUACGGAGAAAUAAAGAGCGAUGUUUUUUCUUCUGUUCCGGAAGAAAUUGAAUUUUUACGAAGUGAUGGAAGUGUCAGCACCAGAAAAAUCAUCGAUAUCGCAGCUACUCACUUCUGCAGUUCAUCAGUUGCAAUGGAUGAAAAUUGUCAGCUGUUUAUUUGGGGCCAAUGCAAAGGUCAGAAUAUUUGUUCUCCACUCGCGACUGAUUUUAAUUCUCUGCAGGAAAUAUUCGUUAACCUCAGCCAUUACACCGGAACUUUUCGUCCUAUUACUUCGAAAAAUUUAACUAAGGCGAAGAUUUACAAACAUAUCAAAAAUGCUUUUGAAGAUGAAGCAACAUCGGAUCUGACUAUUCUCGUGGAAGGGAAAGAAAUCAAAGUGCAUAAAGCUGUAUUGCGAAUUCGCAGUAAUUACUUCAAAAAUAUGUUGAAACAAGGAUGGAAGGAAAACGAAGACGAGUGCGCUGCAAACUUAUACCCUAAGGUUUUGGAAAUUAAAGAAAGCACUUACAUCGCCUAUAAAGCCCUGAUCGAAUAUUUCUACACAGAUGAUUUGAAUGUGCCAUUUAGUUUUGCUUUCGAAUUACUGGACUUGGCUCGUGUCUAUUGUGAAGAAGAAUUGCGAGAAAUGUGCGAAAAAGUUAUAAAAAAUAACAUCAGUAUUGAUAACGUGGCCUCAUCGUAUGCUACCGCGAAAUCAAUGAGAGUUGAUGAUUUGAAGACGUUCUGUAUGGAAUUCAUGAUGAAUAAUUUUUCCAACGUUGUCAUAUCUGAAGAUUUUGCUCGAUUGAAUCUUCUCACUGUUCGAGAAAUUCUGAAUGCAGCAUCUCGUUCCUAUCCAGUUUUUAAAACCUAAAGAGUUCUUUACGUGAUUUUUUUUACUUCAUUUUAUUUUUAUAACAAUGCGUUUAUUUCGUUUAGUUAAUUAUCGUGUUAAUUUUUACGUUUUUUUUACAACUUAGGUAGGUAGGUACCUAUACUUACGUACCUAAUAUUAGUUUAGGUAAGUAGUUGAAAUAAAAUUAGUACUUAUUUCUUCAAAAAAAAAACUUCAUCGUGUGAUUCAUUGUAAAAUUACCAUUAUUUUUUAUCUUUUUAAAAAGGAAAAUUACGAUAAAUUUUCAAUCAUA